CUUGAGAGCUUCCAAAUUUAUCAAUGAUUUGUCGCCCAGGCUUGUGUCUGUGCCAUGCUACUUGACAAAAGACCCUGCACAGGUAAUUAUGGCUGACCAGAUAAGGGAGUAAUCCAGCUUUGUUAAUUGGCCUGACUUCUUAAGCUGUUCUGCCAACCAAGCUGUUACAUUAGGCUGGUAGCUGUGAGUGAUUGGCCAGUAGGGUCAAGCCAUUCAUCUUCACCUAUUCAACUGACCACACUGACUGGAACUGAAGUCCGGAUGUGGUCUGUGGGAUAUCACUUUUACCUCACUCUAAACCUCAGUGCUUGAAGUGACUUGGUUGAAGGGCUUUGUGGAUACUGGUACAAGAUCUUGCUUGGCUGUUGUGGUGUGCUAGUGUUCUUUUAUCCUUUGUAUGCUGACAUGUGAUGUGCUGUUCCUGUCAUAUAUAGAUAAUCUAACGUGACCCAGCAGCGAAGUGCCUGGUCAACCAUCAUCCAUCCCAUGCCUCGCAUCUCCCCGGAUUGGACCACACCCACUACAGGCAGCCAUGAUGGACAUAGAGUGGUGGAGGAACCUGAUCGCGGCCGACAUCUAUGCCACGUUGAAGCAGAAGGAGCAGGAGUUGCCAGUGUUCCACAGUCAGGGCUUCCAGCUGUCAGCUCGCACGUACCUGGUGGACUGGUUGUCACUGGUGGUAGAGCAGCUCCAGCUCUCCAGCCUCACCCUUCAUCUAGCCAUCUUCCUCCUCGACUUCUAUAUGGACUCAGUCGAUACCGACAGAUACAAGCUCUAUCUUCUCGCCAUGACAUGUUUGCGUGUGGCUUGUAAAUUUGAAGAACACAUUGACAAACUACCUCGUCCCUCUGUGCUAAAUUCCCUUCUCCCAAAGACUGUCGGUAUCAGCCUUGGCUAUGACGGAUACCUGCUGCCUGACUUUCUGGACAUGGAACUCAGUGUGUUGAGGUUCCACAACUGGCGAAUCAGUGCUCCAACCACCGCCCAUUUCCUCCCGUACUUCCUGACAAUAGCUGCUGACGAGGGUGACCUACAUAACGGGGUGCCCAUUGUCUCCAAGACUGUAGUGCUGCCAUACCUGGAGAAACAUGCUAAAUACUUCUCCGAGAUCUCUUUACAAGAUCACACAUUCCGUGACUAUCCUCCAUCCCUGACCGCGGCUGCAUGUAUAGCAGCGUCGCGGAUAUGUCUCCAUCUGACGCCAACCUGGCCCAAACACAUGAUGCUGCUGACAGACUACUACCUAGAGGAGCUCCUGCCCUGCAUGCAGCUGAUGCUGAGAUAUCAUCAGCGGGAUGAAGCUAACCAGGCUAUGACAGCAACGGCGGUGGUGACGCCAGUUGUGGAGUAUGUUGCACCGACCAUCUCCACGACGUACUACAACCCCCACGUCAUCCAUCCUCAUCCUCAUCCCCACCCUCACUGGGUUGCCUACAACCACCAUCUUCAUCAUGUUACCACAGCUCAUAUUCAUCCCCUUGGACAGCUGGCUCUCUCAUAGAGUCAAGACAUACCAUGGAAUGAGAUCUGAAGCCAAAUCUCCACGGGUGUGAAUCUAUGGGUUAAAGUGCAAUGUAUAUUUAUGUUUGUUAAUAAGUUGGCCCAAACAGACAAGUCACCUGGUUGUUCUUAUUUCAGAGUAUUUCAUUAUUUCACCUCAUGAUAUUUGACAAAUUUCCUCAAGGGACCUAUCAUUUUAGGGGUGUGUGUGUGUGGGGGGGGGGACCAAGUAGACCAGUGAGGGAGGGGUGACCAUUGAGGUGGUUCAGUAAUAAUUACACAAUAUAAUUGAAGAACCUGCAUCGCCCACAAACCCUCUAUUAUUGGAAGGUCCGCAUUGCUUUCAGCAUUUUCUGUUUAGGAAUUCAUAAUUCAAAACUUGUUUAGUGACUUGCAAUAUUUGCACUGAUUUUUGUGUUGCUUAAUUUCCUGUCAUUAGCUUCAUCUAGUCAACUGCUGCUGAUUUUAGUUCACUGUAAUAAGAGCCCCUGGUUCUAACAAAAUGGACAAAGGGGAGUGCUUAUUAAAACCACACACAACAAUUUGUUUUCAGAGACCGAACAGUAGUGACCAGACACCAAUCAAACUGAAACUUAUGAUAAUGGUCGCUUGGCAAUUAUAUACCCCUUCUGUUGCUGCUCUUUUCUUUAAAAACAAAUCUGUAUUAUACACAAGAAAAUAUGGACUGUCAUGUAUGUAAAUUUUCAGUCUAAUACAGGGGUGCUUAUGAAGAAUACUUAAAGAUUAGUCUUGAAGUUUGUCAGAGCAGACACAGGAAUUGGGUUCUUGAUACGACAAAUACAGUAUUUGGGAUAUACUCUGAUUUUAACCCAAGCAUAUGACCUGGUUGUAUAAUCAGUCUCUAUUUAUAGUGCAAAUGAGGUGCUACAGUCAGUGACAUGCUACCAGAAAUGUUUAGAAGGGACAAUGACUGAGCUGUGACAUUCCAGCCCUGAUGCCUCGUCAAUACUUUACAGGCUUGUAGAAAGUACUUUAAUCAUUACAUGUUUUCAGAUCUGAGAAAUUUCAUUUGGAAUUGAAUUGUCUUUGAAUGCUAUGAAGUCAUGAUACAGUGGAUGGCAUCACAUGCUUCUAAAGUAACUGAACCUGCCUGGUUAGCAGAACAACCUUAAAUGCCUCCUGGUUAGCAGAAUGUGUACCUUAAAUCGAAGUUGUUCUGACAUGCAUACAAACAUAGCAGUGAUAUCUAAUUAAAAAGGCCUCCAUUUAGCCAAGCAGAAUGGCACAUUUUUAAAAUUUGGGAGUGAGAUAAGGAAGAGUUUUCAAGAAAGGUAUUCAUGCGAACUGCAAAGUCAGAAUAAUAUCCAAUUCCAUUUACCGGUAACAAUGUUUUUCAACCAGAUUUCGUCACAUUGAAGAUACCCUCCAUGAUAUGCUGUUCACAAUAAGGUAUACACCACAAUACCCGCUUCAUGAUGUUAUACAUAUCUAAAUACCAAUGAAAUAGGCUGAAUGUUUUUUAUUUGGAAAGGAAAACAAAUGCUGAUCACUAAUGUCUUAAAAUGAUGUAGGAAUCUGUUGAAGCGCUCUGGAAAGCAAUGUUAGCAUUUUGACCAUUGUACACCUAUAUUAAAAGUCAGUGUAGUGCUAAGAUGAGUUUCUGGAAUAGGGAGGGCAGUGUUUGUUCAACACAAUUCAAGAAAAAGUUAUUGAAUUUCAUAUUAAAAAAAAUAAUUAUGUUUUAGCCAACAAAUGUGCAAAUAAAUCUACCAUUUUCAGAGUUAUGACAGUUCCGAUUUGAAUACUCAAAGUAAUGAAUGUCACCCAGAUACAGCUGCUAUAUACUUGCUUUUAAACACCAUCUUGUUAUACGUUUUGAACACACUAGUGUUAUGCAUAGUGCGAGUUCCCUUCUAGGUUUUCCAUUGUAAGCGACGCUUUUUGUGUUGGUAUACAAUCAAUUCCUACAUUCUAUAGUUUGGUGUGUAAUGUAUUGCUGAAUUCAUUACCAUAAUGCGCUCUUGCAGCUGGCUGCAUCCUACGUAUUGUUUCCAGUUAAAAGAUAUCGGAUUUAGGUUUGGUAUCGCCAGCUGUUCUCUUUGUUUCAUGUUUCACCUCCUCUGAAUGUGGUGAAAUGUGUAUUCAGAGAGCUCUAGGUGUGAUAUCUUGACAUGAGUCACCUCAGCUGUUGGUCUCUGAUUGCAUUUGACAACUACUGUUAAUUGUAAGGGAGAUAUUCAACCAGGGUUCAAACUAAGAAUUAUCUGUUCUAGUCAUGAAAAAUGCUUCAUAAUGACAGUGUAUAAUUUUCUGAAAGAUGUAGGUGAAAUUGCUUGACUAAAAGAUGUUCUGAACACAUAAGGGGAGAUAGUUAUGUCAGCAUCAUCCAUGAUGCUCCCUUCUGAUGAAGAAGAAUGUCCUGAUUAAGAACACUGUAAUAAGGACCCAAGGCGUGUCUGCUCAGUGUUGUGGAGUAGUGAAAAAUACACACCCCUGAUUAAUGAGGAUGAUCUCAAACCAGUGCUGGCAUCAUUGAUACUCAAAAUGACCUUACGGUUUUAACCUCACCUUUGUAAAUACUGCACCUUUCAAUGUAUAUAAUUGUUAGAUACGACAUGUUUGUUGCGUCAAGGAAAGGUUGUGAAAAACGUGAUAUUUCAAGGAAUGUUUGUCCAUUGAUACACUGCUACACAUAAAUUGUGCAUUACUAUUUUUUUAUUAAAAAUUUAUAUUUUUCCAUGCUGUCAUGAAAAUGUAUAUUUGCCUAGGGUAAGAACUGCUUGAUUAGUUCCUUUGCAGGAGAUGUUUAUGGAAUGAUUUUAGGGCCAUUAACUUAUUUUUUUCUUGAUAAUAAUCUUGAAAUUUCAAGAUAAUGAGCUCCCUCUGAAUACAUUUACAUAGUGUACAUGCUUGUUCGUUAAUUACACUGGUGCUGACAAGUUGUAAACAUGUUGCAGUGAGUCUUGAAAUCUAGCAUCUUGAAAUUUCAACUUCGUCUCUUGGAAUUUCAAGAAAAAAAUGUAUAAGCAAAUGGCCCUAUAGGGCUCAGUGUAGAUAACAAAGUGGACUGUGCUUGCAGCACUCUGCGUUUACUUUGAAUAAUUGAAAGUUGAAGUUUUCAUCUAACUAAAUAAAGAACAUUUUUUGUUUCUUGCCAGCCACAUUUGGUGUAUGUAUAUUUUAAGUGUGCAAUUACAUUGCUGAGAAGAAGCCAAGAAGUGAUGUUCAUAUACCAGUUAUACUGAUAGCAAGAAAUAAGGGAACAUGUACAAAGACAUGAAGUAUGGUAGUAAACAAUCUGGAACAAAACAGCUUGUUUGGCAAAUCUUAUUUGUUGAUAGAAAGCUUGUUUACUGUAUAUGUAGAAAACUUCAUCGGAUAUUGUUCGGUGUUCCUUUACUUUUUGCUAUCAGUAUAUGUAUAUCUGCUACUGCUGUGUCAGGGAUGGAAAUUAACUCAAAUACCAAACAAGCCCACAGGGCUAGUGGAAUUAUUUUCUGCUAGCCCUGCAAAUGGUUUCUAGUCCUUACAAAUAAAUCAUGGCGGUUUGACAGGGGAUAAUUUACAGUGUUUAAAAAACUUACAGGCCUUAGGGGCUAGUAGAAUUCUAAUUUUAUUAACCCGAGGUAAUUUCUACUACCCUUGGGCCUACGGGCGAGCAUUAAUUUCUAUCCCUGAAAUGUGCUUGAUAUACCUGUAGUUUCUGUUCACAUGUUUUGUAUUAACACUGAUUUCUAAUUUCAUUGGCAAUGAUACCCAACAGUAGUCCAGCCAAGAGCAGUAACACUCAAAAGAAAAUGAGUGUUUUGUCAAUUUUUUCAUUUAAUCAGUGACUGCUUGGAUCCCAAAAAGGGAAUAGAUUAUGAAACUUAAGAAUUAUAUUUUAGUGAUUUUAAUUCAAUUUGAAUUUUUGAAAGUCAAAAGACAAAGUUUCAUGACUUUCUAUGAUUAUUUUCUCGAAGGAAUAGUAGUCCAGAUUGAUAAGGUUUGACUCUACAACACGACUUUAUUGAUACUCCAAACCUUGAGAGUAUCAAUUUCUUAAGACAAUCUUAUCUAAAACUAACCAUUUCUGUUAAUAGUUUAAGAUAACUAUUGUAUUAAGAAAUGGUUCUCUCUGGGAGUUCUCUCAAGAAGCAGUUAGACUUUGAAAGAUUGAUUAUGCUUUAUUGCACAUCUUUUCGUCCCAUAUUUCCAUGAAUUCAUAAUAAUCUCAUUUACAUUGAUUUGAUUGGCUGUUAUUAAUGUUGGUUGUGUCACAAGGGCUACAUUGUAUUUAAUUUCGGUGCUUUCUGUGUUACCAGCAUUAAUUAUGACACUAUGUACACAUUUAGUUUUCCUUUUUGAGUAAACCAAGCUAAUCUGAAAGAAAUUUGGACCUAGAGGAGAGUUGUACAAAAAUGUGUUGAAUGUGGUGUACUCUUAAAAGGUAGAGCUAUAACAUUUACUGUAUUUCGCCAUUGAGUCCCAGAGUGUAGUUACAAGGCAAGGCCUUUUUUGGUAAUUAGCUUUACAGAUUCUGUCUGACGUCAAAACCUGAAAACUGUUAAAAGCUAAAGCUAAAUAGCACAAAUCUUGUUUUAUUCCACAGACUUACACGUUCACCUCUGGCUCAAAAUAGGUAUAACAACCAGACAAUCUUACUUAUGCUUUUUAUAUUGAAACAUAUUCAGAUGACAGAACAAAAAAGGGUUAACCUGAAUUUUUAUUUUAUUUUCUCCCCAACAUACUGAUUAGGAUUGUUCACCAAAUAAUCUGUAAACCAAUGAACGAAGCCUUGACAUGUACCAUAGGCAGAGAGCACUGUCAAAUUAACCUUCUACACUAUGUGACAUGACUAUGUAUGUGUCGUAUAUGUUAUGUUCUUUGUUAAUAACACUUUUAUGAUGUAAUGUUUGUUCCGUUUCCAGUGUCUUGUUAAAUGUGUUUUUAUUUUGAUAUAAUUUGAAGUUUCAACAAUUUAGUAGUUAUCAUUUGUAAUUCUACAACAAUGUAAAUAUUCACCAUGUAUAUACUGUACAUAUGUAAGCUAUUACCACUUGAAGCAAUUAAACUAUUGUUGACUGAUC